UGCAACCCUGUAUGUUAUUGACCGUAUCAUAAAUGCUGCAUCUGUCUUCCUUCCACAAGCAUCUGGAAAUGUUCCCAAGUGCUGCAAAACUUGGUGGACCAAAGACUGUUCUGUUAUGCUUCGAUCUCAGAACAGGGGGGCACUUUGUGCCGCUACCCAACGGUCUGGAACAAGAUGGAGUUUAAAAAAUGUAGUGCAAAGGCUCAUUGGACAAGGAAACAAGCCAAGAAAUCAAUUUUUAGCUCAUGGCAGCUGGAAUGGGAUGUAAAAAAAAAAAACUAUGUUAUCAAAUCCCAUCCUGGGAUUUGAUACAGACUGUCAUCCUGAACUUCCCUUUGCCUCCUGAGAAAUCACCAAUAUCUUCUCCGUGGCGAGAAUGCAAAGCUGUAUGUCCAUUGACUUGCCACAGGCACCACCUGCAAAGAAGAGAAGGGCUAGUGGAAGUCUCCCCAGCAGCUGAAGGACAAACACCAAUGCCAUGUCGACUCUGGCAACCAUUGCAAGAUGCAGGAAAUGGCACAUUGCUGCUUUGCAGACAGCGUCCUUCCCGUUGGCCAACUCAACUUUUGGGAACAUGGAUUCUCUUACCGGAGGAAGCAGCCUUCCAGGACGAUGGAAACAGCGAGAGCGACUUCUCUUCCCCAAGAAACGAACUAAUUGAGUCGCAACCGACGACGCGGCCACGAUACGAGGGCAUGUACCACUGCGAGUUCUGCCCUUACAGCAGUCCUUACCAAAUCAGUGUCACCAGGCACGAAAGGACACACACAGGAAAGAAGCCUUUCCGCUGCUCUGUUUGCGAGAGAGCAUUUGCUCAAAUGACUCACUUACAGGGGCACAUGAGGACUCACACGGGUGAGAAACCAUUCAGUUGCGAGGUUUGCCAGAAGGCUUUCACCAGGAGUCAUGACCUCAAGAUUCACAAAAGAGCACAUACUGGCGAAAGACCAUACCAAUGUGGCAAGUGUGAGAAACAAUUUUCGAAAAGAGUUCGCUUGUUAUGUCAUGAGAGAGCCCACAAUGGGGAGCGGCCUUACAAGUGUGAAGCCUGUGGGAAAACGUUUGCCCAGAUAAGCAAUUUAAGUAGGCAUAAAAAAGUGCACAAGUGAGAUUUUUGUUUGUUGUUCACCUAAGGUGAGAAACAGGCAUAUUCACAAUUCUAAAAAUUAAGAGUUGCGGUUAGGCAACAACCGUAGUUCUGCUAUGUAGCAUUUUUAUUUUGUUUUGAAUUGCCUUACUAUAGCUGCUUUUACCUUCUUAGUAAAUAUUUGCUUUAGUUCCUAUGGAGCUACGUUCGACGCUUCAUUUUGAGUGUAUGAGGAAGCUGAGUAGUUUCUCAGCUCAGAGAUUUCAAAAUGCUCAAGUGUGAUGCAGUCAAUUUCUAACUUUAUCUGUGAAAAGUGAAAUUUAUCUGUUUAUUUCUUGUUUUGUUCACACUGAUGUAUCAGUUUCGUGCAGUUGUCGAACACUUAUUCUUUUACAACUGUAUUUCUCCUCUUGCUACAAAGAAAAAAAAUGCAAAAGCUGCUAUUAAAAUAUACAUGAAAAAGAAUUUACUAUUUGUACCUUGAGAGCCGAUUGAAGUAUAACCCCGCCACAACCUUUCUUAAGGGGGCUGUGCAACAAUGUCAGUGCCUUGCUUAAAUAAUUUUGGAGUUGGUGUCUCGACCUUUCUGAAGUAAAGAACAAAAAACCGCUUUUGCCUGCAUGUCCUA